AUGUUCAAUUUUUUUUUUACUAUGAAGGAUUUUAAAACAUUGUUCUCAUUGAUUAUAGUUAUAUCAUACUAUUUCGAAUAUGGAGAAGGCCAAAGAAUUCUAAGCAUCAAGGAUUUUAUUAUUGAUACUAAUCACACCAUCAUUGAUUAUUCUCAAGCAUUUCAAGAAGCAUGGAAAGGAUUAUGCGAAGAUGAAACACCCAACGGCUCAGCUUUAGUGAUACGAAAGAACGAAACAUAUACUUUACAACCAUCAACUUUUCGAGGUCCAUGCGUAUCUUCUAACAUUCAUAUUCAGAUUGAUGGAAAACUCGAAGGGCCAAGGAAGCCGAUAUAUUGGAAAAACAAAGAAAACAGGAGUUGGUUAGGUUUCAAGGAUGUAGAAGGUCUCGUCAUCAACGGCUCAGGAGUUCUUAAUCCUCAUGGGGAAGCUUGGUGGAAAUCUGUUAGUCUCUCUAAACGACCAACAACAAUUAGUUUUGCGUCAUGCAUGGACAUUGUAUAUAAUGGACUACAUCACAUAAAUAGUCCAAGAAAUCACAUUUCAAUUUAUGGUUGCACCAAUGCAACUUUAUCAAAUCUUGAUAUAAGCGCACCCGAAGACAGUCCAAACACGGAUGGCAUCAACAUUUGUCUUUCACACAGAAUCCAAAUCUUAGACUCCUCUAUUCAAACUGGUGAUGAUUGUGUUGCAAUUACUGGUGGAAGGGGUGGUUCUUCAGAUAUCAACAUUACUGGUGUAGCAUGUGGUCCGGGUCACGGUAUCAGUAUUGGGAGUUUGGGGAAAGAUAAUGAGAGAGAUGACAUAGUCGAAAACGUGAACGUAAGAAGCUGUAGUUUUACAGGAACUCAAAAUGGAGCAAGAAUCAAGACUUGGAAUGGAGGACGAGGGUUGGCCAAAAAUAUUUUGUAUGAAAAUAUUACAUUGAUAGAUGCUGGAUACCCCAUCAUCAUCAAUCAACACUAUUUUGACAACAAAAAAAAACACUAUUUUGACAAGAGUUUCCUCAAGGUAAUUUUCAAACUGUAA